UUCAAAAGCUGUGAUAUCCUUGGAAACCACUCUAAAGCUUUUAAUUUUCUCCCUAUAAAAAGUACAAAUUUUCAGGUAUUGACAUUGGUGGCAGAAAGGGCCAAUACUAGAACAGAAAGUGCAAAAACCAUAGAAUUAAGAAGGCGAAAGAAGUUCAAUGGCACGUCCGAAAAGCCACGGCUUUCAGUCUUCUGUUCAACUAAGCAAUUAUAUGCUAUGCUGGUAGAUGACGAAAACAAGAAGUGUUUAUUUUAUGAAGAAAUGAGAAAUGCUUUUCCUCGGUUUUCGCUAUCAAGUAUACAUUUUAUCAUAAAGAAAGAUGCCACAUAGAACAAGGCCUAUGACAGCACUAUUGCUGUUUACCGGACUCAAUGUGAUUUUGGUGUCAAGUAUUACUCCAGUCUAUGAUUUUGUCUGCUUUCUACCUUAUUGGGAAAGAAGGAGAGAGCGGCGCCGACAGGAACGUGAAGCUGCUUUAAUAAAGGGGUCUACAUGAACAUGAAGUUUUUUCUGAG